AUGCUGGGGGUCUGGCUGCUGCUUUGGGGCUCUGUGGCCCUGGGCGGCCGGGCGGACACCGCCUUCCUCCGCCGCGGCCAUGACAGCUCCGGGCACUGCACCUACUCCUUCACGGUCGCCAGCCCCGUGGAGGCCGCCUGCCCCGAGGCUGCCGGCGGCGUGCCCGAGCUGCGCGCCGAGCUGGCCGCCCUCGCCGCCCGCCUGAGUCGGCUGGAGAGCCGGGAGCGAGGAGCGGGGGGCUCGGGGCCGCGGGGAGCCGAGCCGGGGGGCGCACGGGACCCCCAGCAAGUGGCCGCGGCCGCCCGCCUGGAGGCUGCGUACGGCGAGCUGCUGCGGGCCAAGUCCCGGCUGGAAGAGGAGAAGGGGCGGCUGGAGCGGGAGAAAGAGGAGCUGGGCAGGCGGCUGGAGAGCAGCGCCCAGGAGAUCACCCGGCUGCGGGCCGCCCGCUGCACCCCCGGCAGAGAGGGGCCCGGCCGGGACACGCUGCGUGCCCCCGCCAAGGCGCCGCGCUGGGAGCCGCAGCCCCUCAGCUACCAGGAGCUGCAGUCGGAGAGGAGCGAGGUUCCCGUGGCGCGGCUGCUGGACGAGACGGCGCUCGGCCGCCCGGCCAAGGAGGACUCAGGCUGCGGCCAGCUGGUGUGGGUGGGAGAGCCCGUGGUGUUCGGCCGCGCCGACUCCAUCGCGGGCAAGUACGGCGUGUGGAUGAAGGACCCCGAGCCCGUGGCGCCCUUCACGCGGGACAACACCUGGCGUGUGGACACCGUGGGCACCGAGGUGCGCCAGCUCUUCCAGUACGAGGAGGCCGAGCAGCUGGCCCGGGGCUACCCCGCCAAGGUGCACAUCCUGCCGCGGCCGCUGGAGAGCACGGGAGCCGUCAUCUACCGCGGCGGGCUCUUCUUCCAGCCCCGCCAUUCCCGCUCCGUGGCCCGCUACGACCUGCGGGGAGAAACCAUCACGGCCGAGAGGGAGAUCCCCGGUGCCGGCUACCACGGGCAGUACCCCUACUCCUGGGGGGGCUACACCGACAUCGACCUGGCGGUGGAUGAGACGGGGCUCUGGGUCAUCUACAGCACCGAGAAGGCCCGGGGAGCCAUCGUCCUCUCCAAGCUGGACCCCGAGACGCUGGAGAUCCGUCGGACCUGGGAGACCAACAUCCGCAAGCGGGGGGUGGCCAACUCCUUCCUCAUCUGCGGUACUCUCUACACCGUCAGCAGCUACUCGGCGCCCAACGCCACCAUCAACUUUGCCUACGACACUGCCACCGGCAGCAGCCGGGCCCUGAGCAUCCCCUUCGAGAACCGCUUCCGCUACCUCAGCAUGCUGGACUACAACCCUGCCGAGCGGCAGCUCUUUGCCUGGGACAGCUUCAACAUGGUCACCUACCCCAUCCGCCUGUCCCGGGAGUGA